CAGGGCACCAUGGGAAACAGCCUUAUAUAUGCCCAGGCGGCUGCGGCUCCCCCUUUCCCUGGUGCCCGCGGGAGCUGAGGCGCCAGUCUCCCAGAGCCUAGAGCCAUUGCAGAAACUGAAGAAACUUCCAGAAGUUCAGACUUCCCCACCUCUGCAGGUCCCCACUGAGCUGGACCCAGUACAUCCACCCCACCCCAAGUGCCUGGACAAAAAGCCUCGUUCUCUGCUUCCUUCUCUUUCUCCUCCGCUUUUCCCUCCUGCUCCCCAUCCCUGUCAGCCCUGCCCCCAGCAUCUCGCUGGCCCCAGCCCUGUGGCCAGACUUCCUGCACCCCCAGCAAGCCCUGCUCUUGCCGUCCACCCCGCUAGGAGGAGGCGACGGCCUGGCCAUGUGCCCCCCAGUCAGCGUGCGAUAUGGGGGGGAGGGCAUGUCCUACCUCCACGCCUCCUGGCUGUAUCAGCUGCGACACGGAGACCCGCUCAGGCUGUGCUUUGCUUGCUUCAAGGCUGCCUUUUUGGACCUUAAAGACUCGCUGGAGGCGGAAGACUGGGAAGAUGAGGACUGGGACCCUGAGCUGAUGGAGCACACUGAGGCAGGGGCUGAGCAGGAGGGGGCCUCAGGGACGGGGCCAAGUUGGGAGCAGGGCCCAGGGCAGCCUGUGCCGGGGGUCUCUCAGGCCUUAGGGCAGGGCACCCUGGCAUCAGGCCCACAGGGGACAGAAGAGGUCAGCCUGGACCAUCACUUUGUGCCCACUGACUUGCAGCCUCACGACGCAGUGCCCCUGGGCCUGGGCCCCGAGGACGCUGACUGGACCCAGGCCCUUCCCUGGAGACUUGGGGAGCUUCCUGCCUGCUCACACUGGCCCAGCUCCUCUCCUUCAUGGCAGGGGUUUCUCAGAGUGGACCUGCCCCCAGGGGAGCCCAUGGUGUUGGAGCUGAGCACCAGCCGGGCGGUGAACCCUGCCGAGACUGAGGCCUGGUUACUGGGCCUGCAGGUUGUCUCCAUAGUGGGCUGCUAUGAUGCCAUCUACCUCCGGAAGAUGACUCCACGCUGGGCCCUGAGGUCCCCAGAGCAGCACUGGAAAGUGUUGCUGGAGCCUGAGGAGGUGUGGGUGGUAAGACUCCAAGAUGCACCCCAGGAGCCGGACCUGCACCGGUGGAAGCUGAGCAUUCUGGAAACCUCUGGACACAGUGCAGAGCUGGUUCCCGCAGACACAGCCCUGCUCAUGAGGGGAUUCACCAUUGUCUCAUAUUCACCCUGGAACAAAAGGGAGACAGAAGAGGGAGACUCAACAGCUGAGCCUCAGUCCUCCACCUAAGGACAGGAACCCAGCACCACUGACACCCACAGCAGGGGACUUGGGGAUAGCCCUGCUGUCUUGGGAGUCUCAGCCCGGGGGUAGCUGUCCUGUUUCUAGCCCCUCAAUCCAGGACCCCAGAACUGAAGGACUGAGGUCCAACUGGCCACCAUUGUCCUGGCUGCCCCAGGACAUUAGAUACCGGGAAGGGUAAGCAAUUGCCCUUCCUCAACAGCUAGGGGAGCAACUAGCAAAGCAAUGGGCAACCUUCACUGGCCGAACAGCGAUGAUCAGACUUCAGGGCUGGGAGAUGAGGCCAACACAGCCUCAGAGGGGACUGUCACAAGUAUUCAUAAUCUGGGAUAAGUCCUUAUCAGUUUAUUGUCACAGUUUGGAACAUGAUGCUGACUCAGAGAGGCUGGCCCGAAUGGUUGCUGUCCUAUGUGUGACGUUGGGCCAGGGUGCAGAGCCGUGCACCUACCCUACCCUGGCCUGGACACUGCUUAUGCGACACAUACACAUAGAACACAUCAGAAUCUCUGUUGUGGUUGGACACAUUCUUGACUUUGUGUGGAGACUCAGGGUGCAAAAAGACCCUGUCAGCAGUACUGGGGUCCCUGGUAUCAAAUGUUGGCUAUUAAUGCAAUUUAACUGUCUAAUUCCUGUUGUUUUGUAUGUUGUUUUUAAUUAAAUAAAGUCAUAAAAGGUUUGCAUCAA